AUGGGAAAUACAACCAGUAUAGCUGGGCGUGACUGCCUCGUCUCUGCCCUGGGAGGCAAUGCGGGUCUCGUCGCCUUUCAAAAUCAGCCCCUUUACCAAACCACCGCGGUGCAUGAAUACAACCUCAACAUCCCAGUCACCCCGGCCGCGAUUACUUACCCUGAGACCGCAGAGCAGAUAGCUGCAGUUGUCAAGUGUGCCUCGCAAUAUGACUACAAGGUCCAGGCGCGCAGCGGGGGCCAUAGCUUUGGAAAUUAUGGGCUUGGAGGAACGGAUGGUGCCGUGGUUGUAGAUAUGAAAUACUUCAACCAAUUUUCGAUGGACGAUCAGACAUACGAGGCUGUCAUUGGCCCAGGGACGACCCUUGGUGAUGUGGAUGUCGAGCUCUACAAUAACGGGAAGAGAGCAAUGGCACACGGUGUUUGUCCAACGAUCAGCACCGGAGGGCAUUUCACAAUGGGAGGCUUGGGCCCUACAGCGCGACAGUGGGGGUUGGCCCUGGACCAUGUCGAAGAGGUUGAGGUUGUCUUAGCGAACUCCUCCAUUGUCCGGGCUUCGAAUACGCAAAACCAAGAGGUCUUCUUCGCUGUCAAAGGUGCUGCUGCCAGCUUUGGCAUUGUGACUGAGUUCAAGGUCCGCACCCAGCCGGCACCUGGAAUAGCCGUUCAGUAUUCAUAUACCUUCAACCUCGGCAGCAGCGCCGAAAAAGCGCAAUUCAUUAAGGAUUGGCAAUCUUUCGUCUCGGCAAAGAACCUUACCCGGCAAUUCUAUACUAACAUGGUAAUAUUCGACGGAGACAUUAUCCUGGAAGGGCUAUUCUUCGGCUCGAAGGAACAGUACGAGGCCUUAAGGCUGGAAGAGCGUUUUGUGCCGAAGAACCCAGGGAAUAUCCUGGUCCUGACGGACUGGCUAGGUAUGGUUGGCCACGCACUGGAGGAUACCAUCCUGCGGCUGGUCGGAAAUACUCCAACCUGGUUUUAUGCGAAAUCCCUUGGGUUCACACCCGACACGCUGAUACCAUCUUCUGGCAUCGACGAGUUCUUCAAAUAUAUUGAGAACAACAAGGCUGGCACUUCGACUUGGUUUGUGACACUGAGCCUGGAGGGCGGAGCUAUCAAUGAUGUCCCUGCAGAUGCUACGGCCUAUGGGCACCGAGAUGUGCUUUUCUGGGUUCAGAUCUUCAUGGUCAGUCCCACGGGCCCUGUUUCCUCAACUACGUACGACUUUGCCGAUGGCCUUUACAAUGUCCUCACUAAGGCAGUGCCCGAGAGUGAGGGGCAUGCGUAUCUCGGAUGCCCGGAUCCUAAGAUGGCGAAUGCGCAACAGAAAUAUUGGCGACAGAAUCUUCCCCGGUUAGAGGAGUUGAAAGAGACUCUUGAUCCAAAGGACACUUUCCAUAAUCCUCAGGGUAUUUUACCAGCCUGA